AUGGAUACAUAUUGCUCACCUACAUAUAAGAAUACCUACUUCGACUCCCCAGAGUUUUUUGUAGCAACUCUCCAUGCUGUCGGCUGUAUUUCCAUCCCAGUCAAUGUUCUUGGAGGUUAUUGUAUUUUGCUGAAAACUCCAAAAAUUAUAGUGACAAUGGUUUUUGUUACCGGGUGCGCUAUUGUCGUUGUCGUGGAAAACCGGUUGUUCAUUCUGUUAAUCAACCCAAAAAUAUGGAAACACGCGAGAUAUCCAUUCUUAGGAUUCUUCUACUUUACAGCUUUUGCAACUUUUGUUCCAGUUUAUAUUGAAAUGCCGCCAGGGAUUGAAUAUAAGAAAGAUUUCAUCAUACAGGCCCUCCCAUGUCUACCCGAAGCUGCUCGUGCUCUUCCCCUCUACCUUUCCGUUGAAAACAAAUGGCAAUUUCUGAUGUGGACCGUAGGUGAAUCAACUCUAUUCUGCGUCACUUGUCUUGCACUCUUCUUACAAAUCUACCGUGCUCUUCAAACAUAUGGCGAAGUCCGUUCGAAACAGACAUUGGAGCUCCAGAAGAAGCUGUUCAAGGCCAUUUUUAUGCAAUUGGCAAUUCCAUUUUCCAUCAUCUCCAUGCCAAUGAUUUACUACGCCUAUACAACAUUUUUCAACGCUAUUUUGAAUAGUAUUAUGUUUAUUAUAAUCUCAUGUCAUGGUCUUAUAUCAACAAUUGUGAUGCUCACUGUGCAGAAGCCUUACCGAGAGUUUAUUCUAGGAGGAUUUGAGAAGUUUUUGAGACGGAAGAUGCCUCGUGAUCUUGAUUUGGGGAGAGUUUCAAAUUUGGUUAAUUCAAGAGUUAUGACUAAUCAAAUGUUUUGA